UAAUUUUCUCUCUCCUCAAACUCCGGUUAAACCUGUGCUCCAUAGCCUUCCUCCUCCUAAAACCCUCUUAAAACCCGAACAAAUAAAAGCAGCGUCUUGUACUUGUAUCUAUAGCCGGCGCCGCCUUUGCCAGCCACCUCUCCUGUUGCUGCUAUUCCGUUUGUACAAAGCCCAGAAGCUCAGAGUAGGGUAACACCCUACAAACAAGCGAAACAAAGCUGCCACAAGGCAAAAACAACACCGAACCCUAGGACCAAACAAGCGUGAGCUUCUUCUUCUGCAUAUUGCACCGGACGGACGCCCCUGCUGCCUGCCUCAGGGACGCGCCUGUGCAAAGUUCCGAAGAUGGAUCAAAUCACUGAGGUGGCGACAGAGACAGUGGUGGCGGUGCAUUUCGGUGUAAUGACAGAUGAAGAAAUACAGAAGCUCAGUGUUGUGAAGAUAACAAACCGGAAUAUAUUGAAUAUGGUUGGGCGGCCUGAGCCGGGUGGCCUGAGUGAUCCUGCUUUGGGUCCAUCGGAUGAUCACAGUCUUUGCAAAACGUGUGGUCAUCGAACUUUUUAUUGCCCUGGGCAUUUUGGUCAUAUCGAUCUCGUGUCACUCAUUUAUCACCCUUUAUUGUUCGAUAUGCUCUACCGAGUUCUACAGAAUACCUGUUUGGCUUGCUACCAUUUUAAGGCACCUCAAGAGGAGGUUGAGAUGUGCAUCGGUAAAUUGAACCUCAUAAUGAAGGGUGAUAUUGUUGGGGCCAGAGAGUUAGGUGAGCGUCCUGAUGACAUUGAUAACAGCCCUCCCUUGGAUGAGCUUUCUGAGGGUUCCAACCAUCAGCGUGGCUGGACCUCUUUUCAACUUACUGAAGCACUUUCGGUCUUGAAAAGUUUCUUGAAGAGAAGGCCUCCCAAAUGUAAUAAUUGUAAGGCGAAGAAUCCUCCCAUCACUAAACCUACCUUUGGUUGGUUUCACAUGGGUGGCUUGAAUGAUAACAACAUAAAACAAAAUAUUAUCAGAGGGCACAAGUUGGAUGGACCUUUUGCUGAAGGAGAUGAUGAUACGUCUAUCUCCGAGGUAGAAGAUGACGAUGCUGGACAAAAAGCAUCAAAUAGGCAAAGGAAGAAAAAGGAUGAUUUGCAGUUAGAGUUUUCGAAGUGGAAAAAACCACGAUCUCUCUUGCCAACAGAAGUCAGAGGGAUAGUAGAGCGUCUUUGGGAAAAUGAGGCUCAAUUUUGCUCGUUCAUUUGUGAUAUUCAGCAACAUCAAGGUUUUCCAUCACAGAAGAAAGCAGCUUUUAUGAUGUUCUUCUUAAAAACUCUUCUUGUUUCUCCAACGAAGUUCCGUCCACCAUCUAAGGGAGGUGAAUUAGUGAUGGAGCAUUCUGAAACUGUUCUAUUGAGCAAGAUUUUGGACUCUAAUAUAUCCUUGGCGAAUGCUUAUGAACAGCACGCUGAGCAUAACUUUAUUCUUAGUAGAUGGAUGAAUCUUCAACAAUCCGUAAAUUUUCUGUUCAAUAGCAAGAAUGCUGCAGGUCCAGGACAAAAGGAUAUAGCUUCUGGAAUAUGUCAAUUACUGGAAAAAAAAGAGGGGAUGUUCCGACAGAAGAUGAUGGGGAAACGGGUUAAUUUUGCUUGUCGUUCUGUAAUAUCACCCGAUCCUUAUUUAGCUGUCAAUGAGAUUGGCAUUCCUCCUGUUUUUGCAUUGAAGUUGACCUAUCCGGAGAGAGUGACUCCAUGGAAUGUGACAAGCUUACGACAAGCUAUUGUUAAUGGGCCUGAGAUUCACCCUGGGGCCACACACUAUGUUGAUAAGAUAACUUCAAAACUACCACUUAUCAGGAAGUCUCGUUUUUCUUUCGCAAGAAAAUUACCUUCUUCAAGAGGAGUCACAACCCAACAUGGGAAGAUUUUCAGUAAUGAUUGUGAAGGAAAAGUUGUACUCCGUCACAUACGCAAUGGGGACAUAGUUCUCGUGAAUCGCCAGCCGACACUCCAUAAACCAAGUAUAAUUGCACUUAAGGUUCGGGUCUUGCCUGGAGAGAAGACUAUUCGUUUUCAUUAUGCCAACUGCGACUCCUUCAAUGCUGAUUUUGACGGUGAUGAGAUAAAUGUUCACUUUCCACAAGAUGAGAUAUCUCGGGCUGAAGGUUACAACAUUGUCAAUGCUAAUAACCAGUAUAUAGUUCCUACUCGUGGUGAUCCUAAACGAGCCUUAAUUCAGGAUCACAUUGUAGGUGCUGUACUUCUCACCAAGAGGGAUACUUUUCUUACCUUGGAAGAAUUUAAUGAACUUCUUUAUAUGUCUGGUGUUGGUUCGUACGGGGCAUCCUCGUUCAAUGCCAAUUCUGGCAAGAAAAUAUCUGUAGUGGAUGCAGAAUAUGUCAUCCAGGCUUAUCCACCAGCUAUAGUUAGACCUAAAAGGCUUUGGACAGGGAAGCAGGUUAUAACUGCCAUCUUGAAUCACAUAACGAGAGAUUCUUUACCAUUUACUGCUAAAAAACGUGCUAAAAUUGCUCGAGAAUAUUUUGGGAAGGAUGAAUCAAAGAGCAAGAAUGUUGAAAUUCUUAGUACAGCUGACGAGGUUUCUCAAAAGAAGAAGAAGAAAAGUCGGACCUCUAAGAAGGAGGUUGUUGGAGAUUCGGCAAAAAGCAUUCGAAAAGAUUCUGAAGAAAAGAUUGAAAGUGGGAUGGAAAAGAGGAUGAAGGGGAACUCCAGUCACAGCAUUGAUGAAGAUAUUGUAUUUGUUUACAAGAAUGAGCUGGUUCAAGGAAUUAUUGACAAGGAGCAGUUUGGCAAGUAUGGUUUAGUUCAUACUGUGCAAGAGAUGUAUGGUGCUAAUGCUGCAGGAAACCUACUUUCUGUUUUGAGUCGUGUGUUGACUGCUUUUCUACAGAUGCAUGGUUUUACUUGUGGAGUCCAAGAUCUUCUCAUGGAACAACCUUAUGACAUCAAGCGAAGAAGCUUGCUUGAUGUUUGCCUUAAUUGUGGUGAAGAAGUUCACCAACAAUUCAUUGGUCAUGAGAAAAAACAUUUAGACUUUUUGGGAAUGCAAAUAGAAAUCGAGAAAGCAAUUCGGCGUAAUGGAGAAUCUGGAAUUGCACUUCUUGAUGGGAUGAUGAGAAGCAAGCUUAAUACACUUAGCUCAAAGGUGACUAAGCUGUUCCCCGAAGGUCUAAUCAAGCCUUUUCGGAAGAACUGCCUAUCUCUCAUGACACUUUCCGGAGCUAAAGGUGGCACAUUCAACUUCCAACAAAUUUCUCUCUUGCUGGGUCAACAAGAGUUGGAAGGGAAGCGUGUACCUCGAAUGGUCUCUGGAAAGACAUUACCAUGCUUUGUCCCUUGGGACUGUUCAGCUCGAGCUGGAGGAUUUAUCAGUGAUCGUUAUCUCACUGGCCUUCGUCCCCAAGAAUUUUAUUUCCAUUGCAUGGCUGGUCGUGAAGGGUUAGUUGAUACAGCUGUCAAAACAUCUCGUAGUGGAUACCUACAAAGGUGCUUGAUAAAAAAUCUGGAGUGCCUCACUGUUCAAUAUGACUACACAGUUCGUGAUGCAGAUGGUUCAAUUGUCCAGUUUCGCUAUGGAGAAGAUGGGGUUGAUGUUCAUCAGAAGAAUUAUAUGCAAGAAUUUGAAGCAUUAGCAUUGAAUCAAUCACUGAUAGUGAGCAAAAGUCCUCUAAGUCAUACCAAUGAUGCAUGUUUAUCCACGUAUGUUGAAGAAGAUAAUGAAGUUCCAAAUCAACUUGCCAAGGAAGCUAAGGAAUUCUUUUAUAAUCAUGCACUUGCAACGGAUUUUCAACGUACACAACCAAAAGGUCAUUUGAAUUUUUCGAAAUUGGUUAAGAACAAAUAUUACAAGAGUCUUGCCCAGCCUGGGGAGCCUGUUGGUAUUAUUGCAGCUCAAUCAGUUGGGGAACCAUCUACACAAAUGACAUUGAAUACAUUCCAUCACGCUGGUCGGGGAGAAAUGAAUGUGACGCUGGGAAUUCCACGUUUGCAGGAAAUAUUAAUGACUGCAUCAAAAGCCAUUAAGACUCCAACUAUGACCUGCCCUUUGCUAAAGUGCAAGGCAAAGGAUGAUGCAGAGCAGCUUGCUGCAAAGUUGAAGAGGAUUAAAAUUGCCGAUUUAAUAGAAAAAAUGGAAGUUAGUGUUGUGCCGUUUGCCAUUAAGAAGCAUGAAAUCUGCAGUAUUUACAAGCUUAAAAUAAAGCUCUACGAUCCUGAACUUUAUCCUCCUCACACUGAUAUAACAUUGGAAGACUGUCACAAUACCUUGAUACACGAUUAUAUGAGAGAAAUGGAAGCAGCACUGAAAAGUCAUUUGCUUUUGCUUUCUAGAAUAUGUGGUAUCAAAUCUGACUCCCAGCCAAAAGAUUCUGAUGAAAUGGAUGAAGCUGGCUUUGGGAGCAAGUCACAGACAGAAGGAGAUGAUGAUGGUGGUGAUGAUGAUGACGAGGACGAUGAAGAAGGGGGAGAUCAAUCUUCGAAGACUCGUAAAAGGAAAGAGCAAACUACAGAUGAGGUUGAUUAUGAGGGCGACUCUGAAGAUGAGGUUGAGGAAGGGAAUCACGUAUCUGAACGUGAGAAUGAGGUAGAACUGGGUGAGGAUAAGGACGAAGAUGAGGAUGAAGAUGAAGAUGGAAAAGAAAGUCUGGAGCAACCGUCUGGCCCUGAUUCACAAGAACAAAAGGAGAAACCAGAAACUAGACAAAGAAAAACAUCAGAUGACGAUAAAGCAAUUUAUGUUAAUUGUGAUGAACUAUAUUUUGAAGUUCAUUUCAAGUUAUCUGGUGAAUCGCACAUCUUGAUGGCACAGAUUGCUGAGAAGACAGCUAAGAAAGUUUAUGUAAAGACUGCCGGCAAAAUUGAGCAAUGUAAAGUGGUGGAGCUUCAUUUGGAUGAUUCCGGAAAGGGAGGGAUCCCGAUGCUUAGAAAAGGUAAAGAAUCUCGUGCUGCUCUCCAAACUGCUGGUGUAGAUUUUGCUGCGUUUUGGAAUAUGCAAGAUGAGCUUGAUGUAAAGCUCAUUAGUUCAAAUGACGUUUAUGCAAUGCUUAGUACUUAUGGGGUUGAAGCUGCUAGAGCUACCAUUAUAACAGAGAUCUUCACAGUUUUUGGGCAUUACGGAGUUACAGUAGACAUGCGACACUUAACCUUGAUAGCUGAUUACAUGACACAUACGGGGUCAUAUAGGGCGUUGAGCAGAAGUGGUGGCAUAAUUGAGUCGAUUUCUCCGUUUAGCAAGAUGUCUUAUGAAACUGCUUCUAAGUUCCUUACAUAUGCAGCAGCUCAUGGAGAAGUUGACAACUUAGAGACUCCUUCUGCUAGGAUUUGUCUUGGCUUGCCUGCUAAAGUUGGUACUGGUUGUUUCGAUUUGAUGCAUGAUUUUGACGUGUAAUCUAGUUAGUAAAUUAUGGAAUAGGCAGUCGCAAUUUGAAUCCGCUCUUUGGAUGUAAUUGAGUGUGCGAUAUUCAUGAAUGUCUUUUUGGUUCAAUUAUAUUCAAGUAUUUGUAGGUUACGUAUCUAA